AUGGUAGUUGUCACCACAAGUGGCUACGUUGUAACAAUUGUUGGUCCUUACCUAGCAGACACCAAGAAAACCGAUGCCUCUAUACUGAACCAUAUGUUAAAAACAAAUGUUGAAGACUUCAAGAACUGGGUUCACGAGGACGACAUUGUUGCCGUUGAUAGAGGUUUCAGAGAUUCACUUUCCCUCCUUACAGAUCUCGGUAUCAAAGCCGAAAUGCCGUCGUUCCUUCACAAGGGAGACAAACAAUUUGACACGGAUGAUGCUAACACAAACAGACUUGUAACAAAGGUUCGUUGGGUCGUGGAAUCCGCUAAUGCCCGCAUUAAAAAUGGAAAUACCUUAGCCAUGUCUUACCAACAAAUCAAGUACCACAUAUCGGCGACUAUGUCAGGAUUGUGUGUGCUAUCUCAAACAGGUUCUUUCCAGCGUUAAACGAUACCAAUAAUGCUGAGACGGAUAUAUGCAUGGGAUCCAAGAUGUUAUACCUAUCA